AUGGCCGCGAUACACACCUCCGUCCCGGACGGCCUCAUCCCCCUCCUCGAAUCCCACCUCCCACACUCUCUCCCCAUCCUCCGGCGCUUGCAGUUCACACGCUUCCCCGGCGGCCAACGGCCCACGGCGCGCAUCAUCCUCGCCGCAGACGCCCCCGUAUCCGAUACCCCGCGCAACUUUGCAGCCGCGUACCUCGACUUCGGGAGCGGCAUCGAGACCUCGCUCUUCAUGUACUCCACCCUCGAAGACGCCCCGCCAUCCUCCAUUCCCGCGGCGGACCGCGAGGUGUGCGAGGCGCAGAUCGGCGCGGUGGUCGAUGCCGUGAAGGCCGUGGCGCGCGAGCAGCCUGAGCACAGGGGGUAUCCGGGGCGGUGCCUGGUGGGCACGCUGGCGACGGCGGUGAAGGAGGCGAUGGUGCGCCGCGGGGUGGGGAUCGAGGCGCGGCAGGAGUAUGAGUAUGAGAAGUGGCUGUUCCGGGUUGAGGAUGUGCCGGAGGUGGAGGUUGAGUUGCCGCCGGGGGCGAGGUGGGAGAGGGCGGGUGAGAGGGAUUGUGAGGUUGUUAUUUCGAGGACGAGUAUUCCGCGGCAGGUGAAGACGUUAUUGACGUUUCCGAGUUUGGUGCUGAAGUUGGAGGAUGGGACGCCUAUUGCGUGGUCGUUCUUGGGGACUGAUGCUUCUCUGUCGAGUCUUCACUGCGAAGAACCUUAUCGUAAGAGAGGUUAUGCAAAGGCUCUUGCUGCCAAGUUGUUCAAGAGGAGCACGUCCGAAUACGGUCCGGACGGAUGGUGUUCUGCGGAUGUUGCGCCGAACAAUUUGGGCAGUCGAGGGAUGUGUAAGAGCUUAGGAGGACGGCAUGGAUGGAAUGUCUCAUGGAACCUGCUGGUGCUUGAUGAUGAGAAGUAA